AUGACUACCCGCGUGAAUAGCAGUGUGAACAAUAGUGAAACCGGCACUCCGUCCACCACCACAAUAGAGUAUGAUCACCGGGUGACAUCCGUAUUGACAGAGCACUUUGGAUAUCCCCCGUUGGCGGUCAUUGAUGAUGUGAUUAAUGCUGUUAAUCAUAUUCUUUACAAAUGCACCCAGGCAAUGGAAACGUACCUAGUUGAGCAGCACACCAAGAGGAUAGAAGAGUUCAAGCAGAUCAAAGCUGAAAAUGCGUCUUCUGAUAAAGAUGAGCAAGCUUUGUUAAAAGAGCAUGAAGAUUUGGACGUGUGGGUGAACCUACCCAAAGAUGAAAUCAGCUUGGGAACUGCGAAACUUGAAACUCUUUUAGAAAACCAAGUCGAUAAGAACUUUGAUAAGUUCGAGCUCUAUGCAUUGAGAAAUAUCUUCACGAUUCCAGUGGAUUUGGUGGAUAAUGGCUGGAUAAGAUUGAAACAUCAUGAGCAUCUUGACUUUAGUAAAGAUGCAAACCGAGAGGACGACGAGGUCAUAAAUAAGUUGAUCAAAGAUAUACGGCUCGAGCUCAAGUUGAGAGAGAUCUUGAAGCUCCAAGUCGAAAAAGGCAAGCGACUUGUGGACAUGUUGAGAAAGUAUAGUAAUAACUUGAAGUACUUGAACGAAACCGAAAUCAACAAGAACCUCAGUGAAAAGGGCAAAAAGAUACUAGAAGAUCUUUCCCCCAUUGAUGAUAACUUGUACUUUAUUUUGCAGCAAGUGAAUGUUUUAAUCGAACAGAUGAAUAGGCUAUACGUCAAGUUCGAGAAGAAUAAGGUCAACAUGAACUUUAAGCCCAGCUUGAGAGACUUCUACAUAAAUGGUAAAUCUUUCAAGCUACUACAGAGUAUUGGAGUCACAAUCGAGGAUAGCUCGGUAGAUUUGUUGGGUGAUACAGAAGAAUUGAAAAACGGGGUGGAAUCAGUGGUCUUGGAUGAUUUGAUGUAG